CACACUCAAUGUUAAGUUAGUUAAACACAUGUCAUUCUGUGGAUCGGAGAAAGUGGCUCGCGCUUUGAAAUGCAUUGUGCGGCUUAAAUUAAGAGUCUUUGCGACUUUUUUGUAACCAUUCAGGCCAAAAUGAAGCGAGUUAACAGUGAGCAGGUUCACUCGGCUGUGUUUAGUUACCUCAAGAGACGGCAGUUCAUAGACGCGAGCAGCGAGACGUACAGCAAGAAGCAUCUUCGUCUGACAGAGUCUGUGUCCCUGAUGGCAACAGAGGCCGCAGUCAGACGAGAAACUGGUGUCCUCAACGUUGUCUCCUGCACUACCUGUGAUUCAGACCCAGAGAGCUAUGAACAGCAGUACUCAAGACUCAAGACAUUCAUUGAGCAGACCCAAGAACCUUACAAGGACGACCUGUCACUGCUUCUGUACCCGCUCUUCGUUCACCUGUUUCUAGACAUGAUCACAAAUGGGCACAAGUCGGCAGCACACAUCUUGUACAGCAAACACCACGAGUCCUUCUUAGAUGUCAGCAGUCAGCGAGAGUUAGUACAAAGCCUGACUGGCGUGGUGAACAGCAUGGAUCUCCUCAUGAAUGACCAUCUCACGGCAUUCAGAGACAGCAAGUACGUGGUUCCCAUGUGCCAGGAGGCGGUUCAGUUUCUGCUGCGCUAUUUGCAGAGUCGCGACAACUCCAUGCUGCUCAAAGUCUUCAACCUACAUAUCCAAAUCGAUGUGAGGGGAUUGUCAAAUGGCUCAUCUCAUUUGCAUAAUGACAAUGGUUCCGCACCUGCCAGUGCACCUGUCACUACUGGUAGCAGCCAAUCAGCAUCAUCGGAUGGGGACGCUGCCGCAAGCCUGACGGCCCUGAAGGCCAACGUAGAGAAAGUCAGCAAGGGUCCACCUACACUGCCCUCAGUGCUGAUGUACACCUUCAACAAUUCAUUCCAGGGACUCAGCUGUGCCACCGUCUCGGCCGAUCGCUCGCUGCUCUGCGGCGGCUUUGAAGACUCCUCCAUCCAGGUCUGGAGUCUGAACUCCAAGAAGUUGAGAGCAGCCCCUCACAGCGUGGACGUCAGUCGCGUGCACGUCGCUGGUGACUGUGUGGAAGGGCUGAUGUACGGAGACAGCAUCGGUAGCGAGAGCAAAACACUAAGAGCUCACUCGGGCCCGGUGUACGGCACCUGCUUCCUCCCCGAUAACAAAGUCCUACUGUCCUGCUCCGAGGACACCACCGUCAGGGCUUGGAGCAUGGAGACGUUCACCAACGUUGCCAUCUACAGAGGCCACAACUACCCCGUUUGGGGGAUCGAGAGUAGCCCGAUGGGGCUAUAUUUUGCCACUGCUUCCAAGGACAACACGGCCAGGCUGUGGACGCUGGAGAGAACCUUCCCUCUCCGGAUAUUCGUCGGACACCUGAUGGACGUAGAUUGUGUGAAGUUCCACCCCAACUGCAAAUACCUGGCCACCGGGUCCAGCGAUAAAACUAUCCGACUGUGGAACAUCCAUGAUGGCAAGACGGUCCGACUAUUCAACGGGCACAGGGGAACAGUUCUAGCUUUGGCUGUCUCACCAGAUGGACGCUAUAUAGCCUCUGCAGGUGAGGAUAGGCGAGUGAAGCUAUGGGACAUCGGCUCAGGAAGCCUGGUCAAGGAGUUGAGGGGCCACACUGACUGCGUCUACAGCCUCGGCUUCAGUCCGGAUAGCUCAACACUUGCAUCAGGUGGUAUUGACAACAGCCUUAGACUCUGGGACGUACGCCAAAACUACUCAUCAUCUCAAUCCGAAGGCGGUUCUUCGUCGGAGCUGCUAGGUUCCUUUUCCAUCAAGUCGACCAGCAUCCACCACGUCCAGUUCUCAAGUGCAACCUUCUCACUCUAGCGGGGGCUUCCACGAGUUCAUCUUGAGGUCAGAUGUCAUGUCAUGGCAAACAUGCUCAGAGGGUGAAAUUAUGGUCCUACAUCAGACAUUUACCUGCAGUGAUAUAGCUAAGGCUUUUUUACUGUAAUAGCAUUACGUCCUAAUGACUGCACUUUCCUUGACGACGGAUCACAUAGCAACCGGAUCGGCCAUUUGUGGUGCACGAGCACACGGAAAGGGAACACAAACUCGCAAAUAUUGAUCUCUACUUUGUGGUUUUUGUUUCGCUGACUGGAUUGAACGCUGCCAAGACAUAUUGCCCUGUUGUGUUGUCGAAGCAAAAGUUGACAAGAUGAUUUUGAUUUCCGUGCAAUUUUGCCACAACGCAUCUUUGGAUAGUCGGCAAAGAAAACCACCAUACCGUGGUGGGCGGCCGCCGUUUUUGGUGGAGCACGAGACCCCGCUACUAUGCCAGUGACGGGUCGUGACCACGAUUGCGUCAUUGCUUCGAUUGCGAAUUGUGCAUUCUGGGUAGAUCUGACUAAGUUAUUUUUAUGUCCAAGUAUUUAUUGUUUCUAAUUUCACCCUCUGUAGGCCGUUGUUGUUAAUGGAUUGUGUUGCAUUGCUGUUUUGUUUGGAAUUCUGGUACCUAGAUUUCAUGAACCUAGACUUGCAGUCCUCAAAAGUUGAUCGCAAAUCAAUCACCGGUUCUUCAAAAUCACGCGAAGUUGCAAGCCUCUGUUCAAAUGGACGGUGACAAAAGCACCCCUUCUUCAUUGCUCGUCCUCUGUUACUUACGAACGCGCGUGUAAUUGACCUUGAAUGCUAACUUGUGAUGAACUCAACUGCAACUCUUGUUAAAGGGAGUGUACAACAUUUGCUUUGCUUCAAUUUUCAGAAGUAAAUGGAUUUGGAGGUUUAAUAUAAUAUAGAAAAUAUUGGU